AUGGCAUUGACGAGCUUGACCCCAUUGAUAAAGGCGAACCCCAUCAUCCAUGCUCAUGCUGCCCGCAUAAACUUAACCCCCCAUUACUUACCCCGUCGUACCUCUACAGCAAAGGCAGAUACUGUGUACAAGGGCAUGCAUGACGCCUCGUGCACGCUGUGUGAAUGUGGUAGGAGGGGGAGGGAAGGAAACCAAAGCGUUGAGAUGCGAGUUGGGUUGGGUGGGGAGAUACUAUGA